AUGAACUGGGCUGUUGCGGUAUUUGGGGCGAUGCUGCUGGUUGCAAUUGGCUUUUGGUUCACCAAAGGGAAGCGCGCCUACUUGCGGACUGAUGGUGCCUUGGGUGAGGUAUUUCGCGCUGCGCAACUAGAAAGUCUGGUUCAGGAAUUUGUUAAGGUUAUUCAGUAUUCCAAAUUCCCUCUCCGUUUCAAUGUCACCUUUAAUUAG